AUGGAUCCACAGGUCCGUUUGCUCCUCGAGAUGGUCUACGAAGCACUUGAAGCCGGUUCACAAACGAUUGACAACUUGAGGGGUUCUGACACAGCCGUGUAUGCUAGCCAAAUGGUGAAUGAUUAUGACUUGCUUAUGGACCGACAUUAA